CCGUUUCCCGUGCCUCUUUAAUUUGCUACACCAAAACACGAGCGAGCGGGCGAGUGAGCCAGAGAAGAAAGAGAUCGAGAACUCAGAAAAGGGCAAUGGCGACGGGCACUGAGCACGGCGAGUUCACCAUCCCUACUUCGCGAAUCAAUCAGGUGGCACCGACGCAGGUUGUUGAUGUCGCUGAACUAUACAACCACCGAAGGCCCACCACCAACUUCGCCGGCCGGCUAGCCAAGCUUCUCUUCUUCUCUCACCUCAUCGCCACCGUCAUUCUCAUCUCAUUCCUAUCCAUCGCAGCCUUCGUCUCCCGAAGCCUACUGUCCUUCCACUUCCUCCUCCAUUGGCACGCCCCUCUCCUUGUUGCCGCCGCCGCCUCCGCCGCCAUUUCCCUCCUGUUCCUGUUCGUCUCCCUCCGCCACCCGGCCACCGCCAUCAAGUCUUCUUUCUGGCUCUCCCCCGUCCUCGCCUGCGCCGUAGCCGUCAUCCUCCUCGCUGACGGCACUGCUCUCGGCCUGGCUUUCGCGGUGCCGUUUCUUCUCCUCGCCCUCAUCCAAUCCCUCCACGCCUGCUGGACCGCCCGCCGCCUCCGCCAUGCCUACGCGAUCCUCUCGGCCGCAGUCGCCGCUGUUCCACCGUCCUUCGCUCUGGUCAACUUCCUCUCCCUCUCGCUCCUCGCAUUACUCGCCUUCUUCGCGCUCUGGACGCUCGGCGCCGGAGGAGUCGCCGCCGGCGUCCACUCGCGAUACGACGCGGUUUACCUGAUCCUUCUGCUGAUCGGCCUCUGGUGGACCGCGCAAGCGGUCCGCUACACGGUCUUCGUGGCCGUGGCGCAAAUCGCCUACCUUCGGCUGGCCUGCGGAAUAACGAUCCCGGCGGCCGCGGCCUUCGAAUCCGCCUCGAAGCGCGCGCUCGGCGACGUUUGCUGCGCCGCCGCCUUGGUGCCUCUGGUGGCGGCGACUCGGGCCGUGGCGCGGGCCAUGAGCGCGGGCGGCUCCGAUGAGUUCAUGUUCUCCUGCGGCUGGUGCUUCAAGGGUGUGGCCGACGGGGCUGUGUCGCGAGCCAACCGGUGGGGGUUGGUGUAUGUGGGAGUGUACGGCAGGGGGCUGUGGAGCUCAUCAGCGGAGGCGUGGGAGAUGUUCAACAAGCAGGGGAUGGAGCGACUGAUCGACCUAGACCUCACCGGGUCGUUCUGCCUAUUUUGCGGCGUCGCCGGCGGCGGUGUCUCAACCUUGGUCGCGGGUUCUUGGAUGAUCGCCGCCGGCAGUGACCACUCGACGGAGGCCAAGCUCUAUGCCUUCAUCAUCGGCUAUUUCAUGGCUCGAAUUGGAAUGGCAUGGCCUCAAGCUUGUGUGGCGGCCUACCAUGUGGUGUUCGCGGAGAACCCGCAGAUGAGUUCCUGCAUCGGUGCUCGGAUGAGGGAGCUGCAGCAGUCGUCGUCUCCGCCAGAUUGAGUCAACCUCUCCAAAUACUGAAGUAAUUUACUCGAACUGCCUUCCAUUACUGCGUCGUUUCUGCAUUCUUACUUAUUCUAUUCCCAGAUAGAAAGAUGAACAAGAAACGUUCUAGUGACAAUUUUCUGUAGGAAAAAAAUUUCUGAUUCAUCGUAUGCAAUUUCUCAGUAAAUGCACACUUGAAGAGCGCACACAACUUGUUCUAGAUUCCAACUUAAAGUAGGAUUAUGUUCUUCUAUCAAAUCCAAACAUAAUUCUUUGCAA